UCUUUCCCAAAAUUUCGAAUUUUGAAUACCUUCUUCACACUCUUCACUCUCAGACACAGACGCAACACACAGACACACACAACACACGGAGAGAGAGAGAGAGAGAGAGAGAGAGAGAGAGACGUUGUUUCUUGCCGUUGAUGUUGGGCAAAAAUCAAAAUCCCACAUCGGAUUUAUACGUCAAAUUUGGUGUGCUUUUGUUUUUGUUUUUGUGUUUGUUUUUUGCUGGUUCUUGAAGGAGAAGAAGGAGGAGGAGGAAGAAGAAGAAUAUAGUGGUAUAGAAAUGAUGGAAGCAAUAUUGAUAGAGUGUGUUCAGAAUAGCCUUCGGCAAUUCAUGCACCGAAACGCCAUUUUCAUCUGCGAAAGACUCUGCGCUCAGUUCCCAUCUGAGACAAAUUUGCAAUUGUUAGCUGGGUGUUAUUUGAACAACAAUCAAUCUUAUUCUGCUUAUCACAUUUUAAAAGGAACACAAAUGGCUCAAUCCCGGUACUUGUUUGCGAUAUCAUGCUUUCAGAUGGAUCUUCUUAAUGAGGCCGAAGCCGCGUUAUGUCCUCCUGCCAAUGACCCUAAUGCUGCCGAGAUUCCAAAUGGUGCAGCUGGUCAUUACCUUCUUGGGCUUAUUUACAGGUAUACUGAUAGAAGGAAAAGUGCUGUGCAUCACUUCAAGCAGGCAUUAUCUAUAGAUCCUCUAAUGUGGGCUGCAUAUGAGGAGCUUUGUGUAUUAGGUGCUGCUGAAGAAGCAACUGCAGUUUUUGGUGAAGCAGCUGCUCUUUGCAUACAAAAGCAGUACUUACAUCAUGGAUCAGCUUCCCAAAGCUUGCACAUCUCAAAUGAGGAUCGUAACUUAGUUUCUGGCAGGAACUUUGGCCAAGGCCCUGAUGAUGCCAGUCCAAGGCAAUUGAAACACAUGCAAGGAAAUAGCCUAAGAGAUAUUCCUGGCAAUUAUCAUGGAGCAGCUGCAUUGGGAGGAGCUGCUAGUCAGCCUUCAAAUGGCAGUUCAUCAAACAUAUCAUUCUAUAAUACUCCUUCACCAAUGGCCUCACAGAUCCCCUAUAUUUCACAGUUGUCAGGUGUUGCUCCACCGCCUUUGUGUAGAAAUGCGCAGCCAAACGGCCCAAACCCAAGCAUUCUCAAUGCUGAUAGCUCUCCAAGGUCAACUGUAAACUCUACUAUUCAAGCCCCUCGAAGAAAGUUUGUGGACGAAGGAAAAUUACGAAAGAUUUCUGGGAGGUUAUUUUCUGAUUCUGGCCCUCGACGAAGUACAAGACUUUCUGGAGAAGCAGGGGCCACGAAUGUGAGUGCAACUAUGGUAGUUGGAAAUGGAACUAGCAACUCUUCUAAAUAUCUUGGAGGUUCCAAGCUGAGCUCUAUGGCAUUUCGUGCUGUGACAGUUCGUAAGGGUCAGUCAUGGGCUAAUGAAAAUAUUGAUGAAGGGAUACGCAAUGAGGCUUUUGAUGAUUCUCGUUCAAAUAUUACAUUGUCAACUUCUAGUUCAUCUCCCUCUGUUGAUACUAGAGAUCUUGAACAAGAAGGAGCCACCAUUCCAACUAAUGGAAGUAUCAUGAAUGGCUCAAGAGUUAUUAGUGGUGCUUCAGAAAUAAUGGGCCUUUUGAGAACACUUGGGGAAGGCUACAGACUUUCCUGCAUGUACCGGUGCCAGGAAGCACUGGAUGUCUAUCUUAAACUUCCACACAAGCAUUAUAAUACGGGCUGGGUGCUUUCUCAGGUUGGAAAAGCUUAUUUUGAAUUGGUAGAUUAUUUAGAAGCUGAUCGGGCUUUCAGUCUUGCUCGCCAGGCAUCCCCUUACAGUUUAGAAGGAAUGGAUAUAUAUUCUACAGUACUUUAUCAUUUGAAGGAAGAUAUGAAGUUAAGUUACCUGGCUCAAGAACUUAUAUCGACUGACCGCUUAGCUCCCCAAUCUUGGUGUGCUAUGGGAAAUUGCUAUAGCUUGCAGAAAGACCAUGAAACGGCUCUGAAAAAUUUCCAGCGAGCUGUUCAACUGAAUCCAAGAUUUGCAUAUGCACACACCCUUUGUGGCCAUGAAUAUGUAGCUUUGGAGGAUUUUGAAAAUGGAAUUAAGAGCUACCAGAGUGCACUUCGGGUUAAUGCAAGGCAUUAUAACUCCUGGUAUGGGCUUGGAAUGAUAUAUCUUCGCCAAGAGAAGUUUGAGUUUUCGGAGCAUCACUUCCGAAUGGCUUUCCAUAUAAAUCCACGUUCUUCUGUUAUAAUGUCUUAUCUUGGCACAGCUUUGCAUGCCUUAAAGAGAAGUGAUGAAGCUUUGGCGAUCAUGGAGAGGGCUAUCUUAGCAGAUAAGAAGAAUCCUCUUCCCAUGUAUCAGAAGGCUAAUAUACUAGUGAGCUUGGAAAAUUUUGAUGAAGCUCUAGAAGCCCUGGAGGAGCUUAAAGAGUAUGCCCCUCGUGAAAGCAGUGUAUAUGCUUUGAUGGGUAGGAUUUAUAAGCGGAGUAAGAUGUAUGACAAAGCGAUGCUUCAUUAUGGUCUUGCUUUGGAUCUGAAGCCGCCUGCGACAGAUGUUGCUGCCAUUAAGGCUGCCAUUGAGAAGUUGCAUGUACCUGAUGAAAUUGAAGACAACUUGUAGAUUUACUUGUCCUUGAUGUGCAGAAAUGGAGAAUGAUGCAAAUUAUUCGGCUCAGAUCAUUUGGUUCCAAGGAGUUUGGCCUGCUUGUGCUUUCGAUGGAUGAUGAAUAAAAAAGCUUAAUGCUUGAGGCCUGAUUUUUCAUGCUGGUAUCCCAUCUAGUUGGCAGAUAAUGUGGAAGUAACCUCAUUUUCUGUAGGUGAUUUACACAUAACAGAGGAGUGCGUGUAACAAAGGUAUUAAAAGAUGCCAUACGUGUAUGGAUACUGGUAUAAUGAUGCCAGAGAAGUCUUGUACCAUUAGUCUGUAUUACUUGUUCAUAGUUGUAGUUGGCUCUCCAAUUCAUUGAUACUAGGGCAUAAUAUUCAAUAUAUUUAAAUCUGUUGUUUAUCAAGGCACAUAGCCAGAUUGCUGAUC